UUGGGUGUUAUUCUAUUACACCUGCAAAGGGUCAGCGCCGUGUAAAUAAUAGUGAAAAAAAAGAACAGUAUACUUUAACCCUCAGUGUCCGCUGUAUGUUAUGUAACUACUCAAUGUGUAAGCUAUAUGUGUGUGUUAUGAUUGUUGUUUGGUGUCGAACGAGUCAAAACAUAUUCCGCCAUUCAAAAUGAUAUGGCGAGUCUAAUGACAAAUUUGUUUUUUCUGUACGGGAUUUAUGUUCUUCUUAUUAUCGGUCAGACCGCAUUGAGUUCGCAGAAAUAUCGGCACUGUUACUCGCGGCACCACAAACGAUCCGCCAACCCGACGUUCAGGUACCGGCCGCAUGUGUCGGAGUGCGCGUCGCCGUCCUCCACCGUGGCCACCUCCGCGGCCGCCUCCAACGACGACGGCUGCGAAGAAUCGCGCAGGCAGCCGGCCGAGCAACCGCCGGUACAUCGGCGGUUACCGGCACCGCAGACACCACCGGCCACGACGCCAUCGCCGACGCCGCUUCCGCCGGCCACUUCACCUGCUCCGCCUCGACUGCCGGCGAGCGCCGACGGCUGGCCGCCAAGUCACAGGCUACACAAACACCUGUUGCUGGUCACCGGGCUGGUGUACCACGAGGUCGUGAGCGAGUGCUCCGUCACGGAACAGACGCGCGACCUCCGCGAACUCGGCUUGACGCUCGAGCGGCGGGCCGGGCCGUUCGGCGCCGGUGACUUCGUGAUGGUCCAGGUGGGCACGGGCUGGCGGCUCAACGUCCAUCUGCUGGACGUGCUGGUCGACAGGCUGGGCAACGUGUCCGUGUACGCGGACAAGAAGUACUACAGCAAAACGAUGACCAAACACUGCCGGAACAUCGGCGACCGGUGCACGCUGCUCACCAACCUGGUGCCCGUCAUCGAGCAGCUGGAGCUGCGACAGGAAUUCGUCGUCGGCGGUGGCACCGGCGGCGGCAUGUACGACCCCGACUGGAUCCCGGUGCCCGCCGUGCCGCCCCUGCCCCGCAACUUCACCGGCGACACCGAGAAACAAAUCGAAUACCUGACGUGGCGGCUGUGCGUCCGGGACAGGCGUCAAAAUUUCUACUACAAACUCGAUCAGGACUCGCUGCGGUCUCCCUUGAGUGAUCAGAGCGAUAUUGCCGAGAGUGACAAUGUCGUCUUCGAAACCAGUUUGUCACUCACCGACAUACUACCGAUCAAUCCAAAGAACUACGACAAAAACCGUGCGCCAAAAGUACAAGGGCAACCGACCAUUGUCUACUUCCACGUCACCGUGCUGUCUUUGGAUUCCAUUAACGAAGAAUCCAUGACGUACGUGGCGGACAUAUUCUUGGCGCAAAGUUGGAGGGACCAGAGACUUCGACUCCCCGAAAACAUGAGCGAAGACUACCGCAUACUGGACGUCGAAUGGUUGCACGACAUAUGGCGACCAGAUUGUUUCUUCAAGAACGCCAAAAAAGUCACGUUUCACGAGAUGAGCAUACCCAACCAUUACUUGUGGCUGUACCACGACAAGACUCUGCUGUAUAUGUCUAAAUUGACGUUGGUAUUAUCGUGUGCAAUGAAAUUUGAAUCAUAUCCACAUGACACUCAAAUAUGUUCAAUGAUGAUCGAAAGCCUGUCUCAUACAACUCACGAUUUGGUUUUUAUAUGGAAUAUGACAGAUCCAUUAGUGGUAAAUCCAGAUAUCGAGUUGCCUCAACUCGACAUAUCGAACAAUAUUACUACUGAUUGCACAAUAGAAUACUCAACAGGGAAUUUCACAUGUUUGGCCGUUAUGUUCAAUUUACGAAGACGCUUAGGGUACCAUUUAUUCCACACGUACAUUCCAUCGGCGCUGAUCGUUGUCAUGUCGUGGAUUUCGUUUUGGAUAAAACCUGAGGCCAUACCAGCUAGAGUGACGUUGGGCGUGACUUCGCUAUUGACGCUCGCCACUCAGAACACUCAGUCACAACAGUCACUGCCGCCUGUAUCCUACGUGAAAGCCAUCGACAUAUGGAUGUCUUCGUGUUCGAUUUUCGUUUUUCUGUCCUUAAUGGAAUUCGCCGUCGUCAACAACUACAUGGGACCGGUGGCAACCAAAGUGAUGAAAGGAUACUCAGAAGAAGACAUCCGAGGAGGCGACGACUUCAAGGAACUGGACCCGAAAAACCGAAGUCCGAUCAGAAGUGUGGCCACCGUGGCCGCGGCACCGCAGUACCCGACUUUCUGCAACGGCCGCGCAAUCGCACUGUACAUCGACAAGUUCUCACGGUUCUUUUUCCCGUUUUCGUUUUUUAUCCUCAACGUCGCCUAUUGGACAUCGUUUUUGUAAGUGAGGUGCCUAGCCUACGGAUUUUCGCCCUAUCUGACUUCAUAAGACGUACAUAAUUAUACUCGUCACAUGACACAUUCUCGUUACAUAUGGCAUCGACACAAAUCGUCGCUGAUAUGCAUUACUGUCACCGUCACACGCAAUACACCUAAGACCUAACGACGAUGUAAAAUGUGUACAUUUCACUAUUUUUCUAAAAUUUGUAGGUACGAAAGGUAGAUGUUACUUUUCGUACCCACGAAUCUAAGAAAACUUAUAAAGUAUAUGCAUUGUGUACCUAUAGACGCAAUGGCUUGCAGAACUUGAAAUUUUUUAGAGGCUACCUAGUUUAAUAAUAAAUUUACGAUAGUAAGGCUUAUGAGUAGGAAUUACUAAAAUACUAGUCAACACUAAAUUAUUAUCCAUUAACUACCCCCCACCAGUCACCACCCUUCAAAAAAUCAGAGAACGCCUCUUGAUUACCUUCGGCCCUUUCGCCAAGCCACUAUUAAAUAUAGGUGUACCCCUUACCCCUAUCUACAUACAACUAUAUGCUCUAUUAAUUAAAUUAUUUUUUUAUUUUUUUUUUUUUAGUUAAACAUAUCAUAUUAUAUUAAGUUGCUGUAAUAA